CCUUUCCGCAAAACCGCAAACCCCUUUUAUGCCACCCCCCACCCCCGAAGGAAGCCCGCACCGCGUCAAGAACACACAGCACAGGUCUGGGAGAGCGAGAGCGAGAGCGGCAGCGGCGAGCCUGCAGCCAUGGCGGUGAGCAACAACAUCACGGCGUGCGUGACGCUGAUGGCGCUCAUCUGCGCGGUCCCAGUCAUCGCCUCGGGGGUGUGGUUCGCGUCGGCGCAGGGGGAGGAGUGCGCGCGGCUGGCGCGCUGGCCCGUGGCCAUCCUGGGCGGCCUCAUCCUCCUGGCGGCGCUGGCGGGCUUCGUCGGCGCCUACUGGAACCGCCGCCGCCUCCUCGCCUUCUACCUCUUCGCCAUGGCCGCGCUCAUCGCCCUCCUCAUCGCGCUCCUCGUCUUCGCCUUCGCGGUCACCCGCGGCUCGGGCGCCUACCCGGUGCUCGGCCGCGAGUACGACGAGUACCGCCUCGACGGCUUCUCCAUGUGGCUGCGCGGCUACGUCUCCGACGACCCCGCCCGGUGGGAGGGGAUUAGGUCCUGCCUCGCCGUCUCUGACACCUGCAAGAAGCUCGCCCGCCAGGCCGGCUACGUCACCGCCGACCAGUUCUACCAGUCCCACCUCACGCCGCUCCAGUCGGGCUGCUGCAAGCCCCCGUCGGUGUGCGGGUUCGGGUACGUGAGCCCGACGGUGUGGACGAACCCGGCGCGGCCGGCGUCGGACCCGGACUGCGGCCUGUGGAGCAACGACCCGGCGCAGCUGUGCUACGAGUGCGAGUCGUGCCGCGCGGGCCUCCUGGCGGCGCUGCGGAGCCAGUGGCACAAGGCCAACAUCGCGCUCGUCGUCGCCACCGUCUCGCUCGUCUUCCUCUACCUCAUCGGCUGCAGCGCCUACAAGAACGCGCACGCCGAGGCCAUCUACCGCCGCUACAAGUGGUGAUUCCCAUUUCCCAUCCCAGCACCGAGAACCAACAGCCAUCUCCAAGUAGUAUGUUUGCUUCAUACUGUAUUAUUAUUAGUAGCUUGGUAACUGGUAGUAAGCUAGUAGGGGAAGAUGGGAACUUCAGAUUUAUGGUUUGCCCAUGCAUGUAUCGUGGAGAAUUUUAGCGAGGUGCAAGCGCUGUUGGUGUUGAUGUGAAUGUUGUAAUAUGCAGUAGAGAUGUUCUUCAGAUUUAUGGUUAAGAAUUUUAUUAUGUUUUGCUGA